UUCCGGGGGCGUGGGGGUCCAGGGGGUGCCCCGGGAUCCAAGGGGGUCUCAGGAGGGGCUGUCCGGGAUUGUCCCGGGGUCCGGGGGGGUCCGUCCUGGGUUGUCCCGGGGUCCGAUGGACCCUGAGGUGCUCAGGGCCGGGGGUGUCUCGGGUUUCGGGGUGGUCCCAGGAUCAGGGAGUGUCCCGGGUUAGCCCCGUGACCCGGAGGGCUCCCGGGGGAGGAGGGACGCGGGGAUGUUCCGGGGUGGUCCCGGAGUUCGGGGGCUUCCCGGGAGGGCAGCGCAGCGGUGCGGGGACCCCCGGGCGCUGCCCGGCUCCCGUUAACCAUUCCCGGCAAUAGCGGCGGGAGCGAAGCUCCGGGCACAUCCCGGGGCAGCGCCCGCAGCCCGGCUGGCUCCAGGCGGCAGCAGCGGGACGGACGAGCCCCGAAGGAGAACGGGGCGGAGCCGCUCCCUCAAUCCGGUAGUACCGGGAGGCCCAGCGGCAUCUCCGCGAUCAUUAUCCCGGACUCCGCUAAUUAAUUAUUAACAGCGCAACGCCAAGGUCGGGACAAACCGCUCCUGCUCGCUUCGCAGUCCCCAUCCCGCUGCCCAGGAUGUGGCUGUACGUGCUGCUGGCGCUGCUGGCGCUGCUCCUGCUCCGCCGCUGGCACCGGGAGCGCCAGACGGUGCCGGGGCUGUCGGAGAGGCACGUGUUGAUCACAGGAUGCGACAGCGGCUUCGGGAACCUGCUGGCGCGGCAGCUGGACGCGCGGGGGCUGCGGGUGCUGGCCGCCUGCCUGAGCGAGGCCGGGGCCGCGCAGCUGCGGGCGGCCACCUCCGAGCGGCUGCAGACCGUCCUGCUGGAUGUCACCUCCAGCAAGAGCAUCGCCGAUGUCACCGCCUGGGUCCGGCAGCGUGUGGGUGAUCAAGGGCUCUGGGGGCUGGUGAACAACGCGGGCAUCGCCAUCCCCACCGCCCCCAACGAGUGGCUGAGCAAGGAGGACUUUGUCAAGGUGCUGGAUGUCAACCUGGUGGGGCUGGUGGAGGUGACGCUGAGCCUGCUGCCGCUGGUGCGGCGCGCGCGGGGCCGCGUGGUCAACGUGGCCAGCGUGAUGGGCCGUGUGUCCUUCUUCGGCGGCGGCUACUGCAUCUCUAAAUACGGCGUGGAGGCCUUCUCUGACAGCCUCAGGCUGGAGAUGCGCAGGUUUGGGGUGAAGGUCUGUGUGAUCGAGCCGGGCUACUUCAAAACAAUGAUCACCAACGUUGAGAGCCUGGAGAAGAACUUUUAUUCCUGCUGGGAGAAGCUUCCAGAGGAAAUCAAAACGAGCUAUGGGGAGAGUUACUUGAAGCAGUUUGUGGUGAUGCUCAAGCUGCUGCAGAAGACCUACAACUCCGACCUGUCGCUGGUCACCAACUGCAUGGAGCACGCUCUGACCAGCGUCCACCCCCGCAGCCGCUACUCGGCCGGCUGGGACGCCAAGCUGCUCUACCUGCCCGUGAGCUACCUGCCCUCAGCCCUCAGCGACGCCCUGUUCGCCUUGUUCUACCCCAAAUAAGUUGGGAGAGCCUCAGGUGGGGAUGCAGCCAGGAGCAGAGCGGGGUCCGAUGAUGCACGGUGGGAUCCAGAAUCAGCUGCUGCCAGGACCACGCUGCGGGCUCUGAAUUUGUAACUGCAUUUUUAUGUGACCCUCUGUGGCCUGGGUUUGUCCUGAAUAAAGGCCCCCUGUCCCCUCCUG